ACAUUUUUCUUUAUUACCGAUUUUUAUGCUAUUUUGCAAGUUUGUAUUUUUCAACGAGCAAAUUUUUGUACGUAUUAUAUACGUGUUGCGCGAUAAUGAUCGUAAACGUACAAAUACUCGCACUUAUUAAAGCACAAAUGCUGCUCACUAAAUUUUGUUAGCGAAUUAUCAACCAUAUCAUUGUUAAAAAAAAAAAAAAAGAAAAGAAGAAAUUCGUUUCGUUGUUGCAAUAUCAAUUCUAGAUAUUCGUACGAUUCUUCAAUUGGGAGAAACACUUGAAAUUUCUUAAACAAAAAAAUUUUAUAUUUAAACGAAGGUUAUGCGUGUGUUCUAUGCUAUCUACAAUUAUUUUACACAGAUUUAUAAAUGAAUAAUGAAAUUAAUAAUUUUUGAACAUCUGAGAUAACAAAACGGAACAGUCGUUGGGAAAUAUAUAUAUUUUUAUGAAGAGUACGCCAAGUUCAAUGAAAGUUUCAUCCUGUAGAAAGCAUGACAAUAUUUCAUCUGCGCUAACCUAAUCAUCUCGCUCGCGACUCGCGCCUAAACCGCAACUAUCAUUUGUCGGCGAAUCUUGCGCGGAAGAUUUACAACGGUAACCUCGAAAUGAAACACGUUCGACGAUGUGUGACAAAACGUCACGUCGCGAGAAGAGAGACGAGCGCAGAGAUGAGAAGUUUUACGCGGACGCGUCGUUCAUUACGAAGAAAAGUUUCCUCCGAUUCGUCAAAGGGCAGCCUCGCGAGGAGUAUUCGCCCCCUUGGCCGAAACCGAGUCCCUGCGUCUACCCGAAGGCAAACUCUUACUACGCCUACCACGAGGAUUCAAAUCCAUUCGCCAGAUUCACUGGCAAGUGUCAAUCGAGGGAGUAUGGGAACGUUCGACCGCACUUCGAACCUUCCGAGGAACCACACGAGACUCGCGACCCGUAUAGCGAGAGAAACGCAAGGGACAAGUAUCUGGCGAGCGAGCCGACUUGUUUCGCGAUUUUCGGCAAGCCUGGCUUGAACACGACGAAACUCGCGACGACGAUAGCAGACUCGUGGAACUCGAUUCUGAUUUCACCGUUGCCACUGAUAAAGCAGGAGAUCCAACGAAACAGCGACAGAGGUAAACUCAUGGCGGAUGUUUUGAAGGAAGGGGGAUCUUUGGGUCCGGAUGUGAUCGCGAAUUUGAUAGCGGCUCGGCUUAACCGAAGAGACGUGUUUCACAGAGGAUACGUGGUGGAGGGGUUACCGCUGAUUCCAAACGCGACGCUCGAUUACUCUUCUUGUCCGAACGUAGUCACGGCGAAGGAGCAGAACUUGUUCAUUUCUGGAACUUGCAACGUAUCGAACAAUAGUAAAAAUGCUUCAACCGUCGACCAAGUAGCAGGCAACAAAUUGUGCGUCGUGAGUUCCAAUUACGAGGACUUCGUUUCAAGUCAGAUCGAGGAUAUAUUCACCACGUGGCCCAUAAAACCGUCGGUAAUCGUCUACGCGAUGUGUCCCGACGAGGACGUGCUGACGAAGCGCGAACACCUCCGUCUGGAUCCGGCAACCGGUUGCAUCGUGGACACGAGCUUCGUCGACACGAACAACAAACGCAUCGAAACGUUGUUCUCUCGCAACAGAAUGGAGAACGGCGCGAACGACGUAUCCUUCGGGCUGUAUCAGAAAUUAACGAACGAGGAACGACAAGGGAAAUAUCUGUUGAAACGUCCGUCCGAUGAAAGAUCGAACGCCAAAUGGCAGUGCGCGCUGUACAAACGUCUGGCGAUGCCCACGAUCGAGAAAUGGAUUCUACUGCACAAUCCUCAAAACGUCAUUCGCGUGGAUGGUCGCGCGUCGAUGUCGUUCAUGUUUCAGAUCUUCGUUACGAGGACACGCACGUUGCCGUUGUUGCGCGUGAUUCUUCCGAGAAGAUUCACGGAUCACACCGCGUUGGGGUUCGAGGGCGAGUCGCCGGUGGUCGCGGACGAAUUCGACGACAAGUCGAACGAAGAAGCGUUUCAACAGCUGACGAACAGAGAGACUGUCUCGCCGUUGUUCCCCUGGGAACUCUCGCCUUGGGGUUUCCUCUGUCCGGUGGAAUUGGCGAGAGGCAGGACCGUGGAUGGUCUCGCGAGACACGCGGUUCGAUUCAUGAACAAGAUCUUCUUUCUCUCGUCGAACGAGGCGGUCCAUCUGUUCGUGGAGAAUCCAAGAACGUUCGUCCGUCCGUUCUCGCCCAGACCGACGUGCAAGAUCGUGGUGUUUGGGCCUGAUUACUCCGGCAAGUCGGCGCUCUGCAGCGAAUUGGCGCGAGUUUUGAAAGGUACGGUGAUCAACGUGAAAGAGAUGGACGAGCCGAGCGACGAGUCGAUCGUGGAAGCCGUGAGAAACGUUCCGAGGGAAGAGGUGGACGUCGAGGUCUGGAGAGACGGUGGCUACAUAGUGGAUGGUUUGUAUCCGAAUAUCGAUACCUGGAAGACGAUCGUCGAUGAUUCAGAGAUUACCUUCGAGGACGCGAUUCUCUUGUUCGACGACGAUCCCUACGAUUAUCUGCUGUCAAAGUGGCGCGAGAUUCGCGGUAGCGUGGACGGUGAAGAGUUCGAGGAAACUUGGAAUUUGGAAGAUCUCGAUGCUGAAGGAAACCAGGGAGAAGCAGAAACGUUGGUCGAAUACAUCAGGCACGUGCAGAAGUUUCAAUUAGACUGGGAAACGAUGAGAGAACGAGUGACGGAUGAUUGCAGGAAUUUUGUCGCUUGCAACGUCGGUAAGAUAACCGACGUUUCGAAGUACGUUAUAGAUGGGAUUAAAGAUCGUUACAAGGCGAAGGCAAGAGUGAUGAGCGAAGAGGAGAAGGAGAGGGAGAGAGACCUCGCGGAGUAUAUCGGCAUGACUGACACAGAAAACAUCGAGGAGGAGGAAGAGGAAGAGAGAGAAGGCGGGAAAGAAACAACGGAGGUAGAAUUGACUCCCAAGGAAGAUAAUCGUCGAUUCGGAGACACCAGUUACUACUGUCCAGUGGCGUUGUUGAGGUACAACGUGUUUUGGAAGGGCAAAGAGGAGUACGGUGCAAUUUUCAUGGACAAGAUAUACCACUUGUCUAGUCCCGCUGCUCUCGAAGAAUUUGUUCGCGAUCCGCAAAAACUAGGUCUACCGUUGAGAAAGCCUUUGUCUGUAAUUCCGCCCCUUCGCGUGAGCAUCGUUGGUCCGCCAGGAAGUGGGAAAAGCACGCUGUCUGACGCGAUAUCCCGAGAAUACGGUCUGGCCCACGUCGACUAUCUCCACUGUUUCACCACGUACAUGCAGUCUCGCGGGAUGCAGCCACUUUCUUACAGAGAUGUUCUCGUCUUGUCGAACGAACUUCCAGACGAGGUCGAGUUGCCAGAGGAUUUGAAAGACGAGAGAUACAACAGCGAGUCCGACACAAUUUUGACGUUCGUUCGAAAUUACUGGAAGGACGGAGGUACCCUCCCCGAAAGAGUGCACGGUGAAUGCCUGUUGAAGUUUUUCCAACGACCGUACAGCCAGUGCGGCAUCGUGUUCGAUCAGUUUCCGAGCUGUCCGCAGGACGUGGCAACAGCGUUGAAGAGUUACACGGUGCCCGAGGUGAUCGUUGAACUUGGCUGCGGCAGAGAAACAGCGUCCGAGAGAGUGAUCCCUCGGUUGCUCGAGUCCUGGCAGACAAAUAUGGAAGAGAGGAAACGCGUGGAACAACUCAGACACGCGACUGAGCUUGAGAAUUACGAGAGAGACCGAGAUGCCUGGGUGAAGGAAAUGUUGAGUCAAUUAACUGCCCGAGGAAGAGCUGUUGGAGAGGAGGACGAUGAUCUUCGUGGUGAAUAUUACGAAAUUGAAGAGGAAGACUACGUCGUGUUGGGCGAAGACGUCGAGUCGGAGGAGAUGCAAGUGAGAAAGUUUGAACUGGAGGAAACCUGGUACCAGGAGAAUCCCGAACCUGUCCUGUUUACCGACUGGGAAGAUUUCGAAACAGCCGAGCGGAGGAUCGAGCGGGAGUUUUUCGACAAGUACGAGACCGAGUCUCGGAAACUAGCUGCUACUCGCGACAUUUUAAAGAACGAAUCGAUACCGUACAUCGUGCUGGACGCUGAGGCCGACGUGAGGAGUGUCCUGUUGAGAGUGAUGAGAACUCUCGAGCCGUACGUUCGUCGACACGUGUCUGUCCUCGAGAGGAUUCACACGAUCGAUCUGGAAACGGCUGACGCUCUUCUCGAUCGCGGUUACUAUCUACUGAGUUCAUUCGGCCGCUGGUGUCCCGUGCAACUGCGUGAAAACAAGGUUCCGUUGCAGAUGUUUCUACCAUCGGAGUCUGCUCGGGAGAUCCAUCCAGUCGUGCACAGGCAGUUCGUUUACUUCACCGCCGGCAAAGACGCGCAAACCGAGUUUGUGAAGAGCCCGUUCAAAUACCUCGAGCAAGAUUCUCGCGCGCCAGUCGUUCCAUUUCGACUGUCCAUCGUCGGCCCGCCAAAAUGUGGCAAGACGACUCUCGCUCGACGAUUUGCAAGCAAGUACAACGUGAAAGUGAUAACGCGAGGCGAGGCGUUGCGUCACGUCGUCGAACACUUCCCUUGGACAGAAUCCGCUCGAUCGAGCGAGUCCUCUCUGCGCAAAGGACGAACGGUUCCAACCGAGUGUGUGCUCCGCGCUGUUGAAAUGUAUUCCAUCGAUCCUGACGCGGUCUCUCAGGGCUUCGUGCUCGACGGUUUCCCUUCGAGUCGCAGAGAGUUCGAGGAACUAACGUUCCUGGGUCUUCAGCCGAUGAUCAUCCUCGAUCUGAAGGCGAACUUGAAUUUUUCUCUCGAGUGUCUGUCUCGGGAAGCCGAUCGAGUGUCGAAGCCAGCCAACUUCUCGAGCAGCUUUCUCUCUCGUCGUUUCGCCAUCUGGGAGGCCGAUCAGCAGGAUUUCAGAGCUUGGUUGAAGCGUUUCACGCAGAACGUGGUCGAGUUAGACGCGACCAAGUGCGCGUGGUACGUGUGGACCGUGGCUGACAGACACGUGUGCUCGAGAUACGCGAUCAUCAGAUCGUACUUUCGCGAAAGCGACUACGACAAAGUCCACAGUCUCAGAUACAUGAGCGUCUCGUCGUACGAGUUCAGAACGAGGCAGAGCCGAUUCGAGUCUUACUGUCCCCUUUGCCUGUACUACGAGAACACGAUGAAAGCUUCGGGACCACCCGAUCACGAAGGGAUGGUCCAGUACCGAGAACACUUUUACUGGAUCUGUUCGCAGCAUAUGCAACGAUUUAUCCAAGAUCCGAGAAAGUAUCUACCACCAGUGAACACCUCGUAUCCCCCGGAAGAUCGUCCGCGAGUUUUGACCGAAACGAUUGACUUGGAACACCCGUGCUGGGCCAAACGUUUGCGAGUCGAAGGAUUUUGCUUGGUGACGUACGUGGACAGCUUGCCGAGUCGCCAACUCGCGAGAGGCGAGUUGACCACGGCAGUUCUCUACAGGGACAACUUGUAUCUGUUUUGCACGGAAGGCUGUCGCGAUAAAUUUCUGGCGCAACCCGGUAAAUACGACAACACCGAGAUUAAAUUUCUACGCAGGCUGCCAGAGAUCGACGUGAAAUCUCUGCCGGAUCUCGGCUACCUGGAGCAGACGGUCUCGAAGAUGAUAAUCGAGGCUGUGAACCAGAUCAGCGUCGACAGACCGAAACUACCAGGUUUGUCGCCCUCGGCCACCGCCGCUGUUCACAUCGGCGUGUAUCUGAAGGCUCGGAAUGCGUCCUGCGCUCUGAAAGAGUGCCAGUUGUACAAAGCAAUUAGCGACAGGAUCUACAGUCGUGAAAGAAUGAUCAAAAUAGCGACGAAAACGAUGAAGAAGAUGUUGAACCCUUUUGUACAGAUACCCGUGUACGAAGACCAGCCUGCCACAUCUUCUCAUCUACCGCGAUCUAUCUCGAUUGUAUUUCGUCGAACGUCUCCAACGCAGAUUUUAAUCGAUCCCUAUGACGAAUCUCUGGACGACGAUGAAACAAUUUGUAAAUAGGAAGCAUACAUUCUAUUAUUUCGUACUUGUCUCAAUAUGUUACCUUAAUCUCUAAUAAUUUCUUUCUCCUUUUACAUUCUGCUAUUUUUCAUUCCAAAUGGAAUCCACAUCGGAUUUGUAUUGUUUGUAUUUUAAUAGGAUUUAAGUAUCAUUGGAAGAUCUCGUAUCCCAGUCCAAUAAAUAAUUUAAGAGUAGAUGAUAUUGCGUUUUUUACCUCUUGCUUCGACGAGUUAUGUUUAAGAAAAAUUUCAUUUAUUCGAUGUUUUCAUUAGCAUUCCUAUUAUUUCUUAUUCCAAAUUUUAAUCAAUCUUCGAACGUUUUACAAUUUUAUUAGUGACAUUUAAAUUUGAUUACAAAUCAAAUGUUACUUUUUAUCCAUUACAUCAGCACAUAUAAUGAAAAUUACGAAUAUCACGAAUGAAAUUGACAUAUAAAUAUUAUUUUUUAAAAAAAUUCAAAAUAUUCACCGUCUAACUAGACCUUUUUUC